AUGGAGAUACAAUCAACUUUAGCUUACUAUACCGGAAAAGUUGUACAGCCUUCCUUAAGCUUGUUUGGAAUCCUAAAAGAAGCUUACAAAACCAGCUUCAGAAAUGGAAGGCUCUUGCUUUUCAUCACAUUCAUCAUGUUCUCUUGUUACUCCAUCCUGGACUUGGGUAGUUGGUUCAUAAUAUUACCUAUUGUUGAAGAUCUGGAGGCCCAUGUGAAGCUUCUCCCCAAAAAUGGCUCAUUUGGUGAUGCUGAUUCUGUCGCAUACAACAAAUUGAUUCUCAAUGAUGUACGCCAUUUUCUCACUUACUCAUUGGUGGCUCUGUUUUUCUGGGUUCUUAUUACGGUUUUGGCUGUCACCAGUACCGUGUACUCAACAUUCGAGGCCUAUACUGCAAAAGGGUUGAGCCUGAAGGACAUGUUAUUAGGCUCUGUUAGUGGAAAGUACAAAAGGGCUUUCAAAACGUCCGUUUGGAUUGUCUUAAUUAGCUUGGCAAGUGCAGCCCUUUUGUAUUUGGUGUUUGGAGUGAUUUUGAUUAUGGCUCAAGGUCCUGUCUUGAGUGGUUUGAAUUUGAAUUGGGUAUUUUUCAUUUUAGGUGGUUGUUAUGCUGUCUAUCUCUGUUCACUCUCGAUGUUUAGCCUUGUGGUCUCUGUUCUUGAAGAAGAGAAGUCUGGAUUGAAGGCUAUUAUUGAAGGAAAUGAGCUCAUGAAGGGCACAAAAUUGCAGGAAUUUGUGUUGAUGGUUGUUGUGAUCUUGGCAGCUAUAGCAAAUUCUAAGGGAUUCGGGUACUUGGAAACGGUGACUGGAACUGAAAAUGCGACAUUGGCUAUGGUGAUUGGUGUGGCAAUCAGUUUUCCAGGGACUUUGGUAUUUUGUUUGUUGAAAGUGUUUGUUUUUGUGGUGUUUACUCUGUUUUACCAUGAAUGCAAAAUGAACAAAAUUGCAGAGGAGAACCGAGCUCUGUAUGCUCCCAUAGCUGCUGUUGCUGAAUUUUAG